GUGGCGAUUGUAAUCCUGUCCCAAGGAAGAUGCGGCCUCUCUCGAUGUAUCACUCAGUACUUGUUGUCCAUGGCAGUGAUGGAUCUCCUGGUCAUUAUUACUGCAGUGGUAAUGAAUCGUAUUCCUGGCAUUUAUUCGCCUGGUAGUUUUCUGUUCAUUACUCCCGUUUGUAGUCUCAGCAUUGCAUUGAUUCACGCAACCAGAGACAGUUCUGUCUGGUUAACGGUGGCUUUCACCUUUGAUCGAUUUGUGGCUAUUUGUUGCCAGAAGCUGAAAUCAAAAUAUUGCACUGAGAAAAGUGCAGCAUUCGUUAUAGGAUUUCUUUGUGCCCUGGGAUGUUUGAAAAGUGUUCCCUGGUACUUUAUACAUGAACCCAUCUAUGUAAUUGAUAAUGUACCCUGGUACUGCCGACAGAAGAAAAUUCGUUAUACUUCAACUGUGUGGACAGUAUUUGAUUGGUCUGACCGUAUUUUAACGCCCUGCCUCUCGUUCCUUCUGAUUCUUUUGUUCAAUGCUCUGACCGUCAGGCAUAUUCUAGUGAGCAGUACUGCCCGUAGGCGACUCCGGGCCCAGAAUAAGAAAGAAAAUCCAAAUGACCCAGAAAUGGAGAACCGGAGAAAGUCCAUUGUUUUACUUUUUGCUAUCUCUGGAAGUUUCAUCCUUUUGUGGAUGGCUUACGUUGCACAGUUCUUUUAUGACAGAUUUACAAGUAAUUACAAAAUGAAAGGCUUCAGUGACCCCAAAUUUAUUCUGCAAGAAAGUGCAAACAUGUUGCAGAUGCUCAGUUGCUGCACAAACACGUUUAUUUAUUCAGUGACACAGAGAAAAUUCAGGGAGCAGAUAAAAAGUGCAGUGAAAUAUCCCCUGAAUCUAUUGAGUAAAUUAGGGUCCCCUUACUCCAUUGCCCUGCGACACCUGAGCCUUGGCUCGGCCUUCUUUCACAAGCACUGA